CAGUUUUACUUAAAGCUUUGUAUUUUGCUUGUGUUUUGCCAUACCUUUAGCUGCAGCGAGCAGGAACCGAAAUAUCGCGUUUUUAAGUUAGGUCUAUCUUCGCUUGUGGCAAUAGGCUACUUUCCUAUGAGUCUACUAGCCUCAUAGUAAUGCAACAGCAAUUAAAUCAGGAUUGUGUUCACACGAUGCAGAGGAAAAACAGAUAGGCUAGCUAGUAUCUUUCUUUUGAUCAAAGACAUAAGCCUACCUAUAAAUGUUAUCUGCUAUAGGCAUAUAUUUUAACGGUAGCAAAUAAUGUUAAAAUGGAUAUGAAAGCCUCAGCAGAAUUGCAAUCUGUGUCUCGGUCAAAGGACAAAGAAGAUGUCCAGUGUUUACAUGUCCAGAACUGGCAACUGCCUGAGAACUUGAAACCGUCUUUCAGUUCUGCAGAGGAAGAAAUUAAUACUAAGGGGGAAAUUUUAUACCUUUACCUUCAUUCAAAAGACAGCGGGAUACCCAAAGACAAUGCAAAGGAAGUUGUGUACAACGGCUUGAGAAAUCAAGGAGCAACCUGCUAUCUGAACUCAGCUUUGCAGGUUCUCUUUAUGACCAAAGAGUUCCGACAGGCAGUAGAAAGUUCACAGAUCACUCCAAAUGAAAAUGUAUUUUACCAUCUACAACAACUAUUUAAAGAUCUAAAAAGUGAUAGUGUGUCUCCUGUCAACAUAACCAGAAGUCUCUCCAUUGAAAACGUUUUUGAACAGCAAGAUGCAGUGGAGUGGUUUGAGAAAAUCUUGAGUGAGGUGUCACAUGAUGUCUCCCAGGUCUAUGAGGGAAGAUGGCAAAAAACACUGAGGUGCUUGAAGAGAGAUCAUGACGCAUGUCAUGAAGAUAACAAUUUUUUUUCACUUCCACUCUCCAUUGAUGCUGAACAUAAUGACGUUUUCAAUGUGGUUGAUGGUCUUCAAGCCUUCUUUAAAACCACAACGUUUGAUGAGGACAACUGGAUGUACUGUGAUGACUGUGAUGAGAAAACAGACACUGAAAUUAGUUUCAGUGUUCAGAAGUAUCCCACGAUACUGAAUCUGCACCUCAAGCGCUUUUACUUUGACUACAUGACAAUGGGAUAUCAGAAGAACUGCUGCCCUGUGGACAUCCCCCCUACUCUGGACUACUUUAAGAGUUGCACGUAUGACCUGUAUGGCGUCAUCAACCACAGUGGUGUGUAUGGAAGUGGACACUACUGGGCCAACAUUAAGUCUUCUGAGAAUAAUAACUGGUAUUCCUUUGAUGACUCUCACGUGGCAAAGGACUGCAUACAUGAUUGUGUACAGGAAAAGAGAAUUGUCACCUUCAUCACCUCAGCAAGAAGAAAAUAACAUGGAGAGCAGUACUGUGGAAUCCCUCAAGAUCACAACAGCAGAAGAGAUGAGACAAAGUGUACACUAA